AUGGACGGGUCUGGCCGUGAUGCCAAUAAACCGUCUGUAGCGCCGAAGAGGAAACCACGAAAAGCAUUCGCCCUCCGCAAUGAAAUACCAACAGAUCAGCUGAAGAUUGGAUUCAAAAGGCGAGCCAUCUCCAGCAGACCGCUACAGCCUGCACAGGCCAGAUCAUUUGAGGCGUCCAACCCUCUGAUUCACUUCCGCUCUUCGCGACAUGGAAUCAAGCUUCAGCACGAAGUCACGGACACUCUCGAAAGGCUACAGCUUGGCCAAACAUGGCUGGGCUUCAUGCCUAUGCUACUCGGACGUCACAAGGCUCUCGACUUCGCCACCAAAGCCUUUGUCGCAGCACAGGCUUUCGCUGCUCAAAAACAUCUGCGCACUGCCGAUGCGGAUGUAGUGACCUGUCUGGUUCCGUACUCGCACUGUAUACGAGAGGUUCAGAGUGCUCUGACCGACGAAGGCGGUCAGCAGAGUGACGAAGUACUCCUCGCCGUCGAGCUUCUAGCGAACUUCGAGACCACGACGCAGUUCAAGAGAACAGAUUCGAGUAGUGGAAAGUGGCUUCCACAUACUCAUGGAGUUUAUGUAGGUUGA